AUGUCUUCAUCCCGUCCAGAGGAGACAGCAGCUAUAGAGCGCUGUAUCCGCUCCUUCAUAAUCAAGUCGAUCCAGGCCAUCGUGCAGGCUCGUAGUGGAGCUGCCUACGCCACAACUUGUAUCUCCGACGUGGGAGCUCGCAAUAACCUCAUGGUAUACCUCGAGGAGGAUCCGGAGAUUGGCGCCACCAUAAAGCAGAAUCUUGACUCCGGGUUCCCCAUCAAAAUGGGCGACACCUUUAGUUUGGAGAUUCUCAUGAGUAACGGCGCGGGUGGAUUGGUAGUGUUGGAGGUGUGGCAGUUCCGUCUGGACACCGAGGAUAACCUUCUUCGACGUGGACAUCUGCCCUGCUCCAAAGUUAUAGCCAACCACUCUGGCCUCCAACCUCCCAUCUACUUCCCUACCGUCAAUAUUCCCACCGCUUCCAGUGCUGCCACCGCCGUUUCCGACGCCACCAUCGCAGCACCUCAUUGCUUUGCGGUGGAAGAUUUCCGUCGUUCACGCCUCUUCGAACGCCUCGCCAGCCUGCUGAAAAGCCUUCUUGUCACGACUCGGAUGCUCCCAGCUUACACUUACUCGCGUAAGCCGCAGCAUGAGAUGUGCUACGCACUGCGUAGGGGCGAAGUGUCCCUCGACCGAUUGGGUCACGAGAGUGUUGUCUGCCGUCAGGUAGGGCAUCUCUUUCCCGGGCUUGCGGUCGGCCCCAACUCCACACACCUCUUUCUCAACGUGUCAGUUCGCUAUCGAGGAAACCUGAAUGACAUUGAAUCAGAGGCAGCGCCUCAACCUCUGCUGCAGCCUCAGCCGCAUCGACCCCGAUCCCGAAGGCUUUGCAUCAGGCCCGCAUUUGCUGCUACACUUGAAGAUGAUGAUGAUUAUUUGGAAGAGGAAGAUGAGGAAGAAGAAGACGAAGAUGAAGAGAAGGAAGGUCAAUUUACCUAUCGGAUCGACAAGGAAGGUCUGCCACAGGGUGAAGGGGAAGCCAUCUAUGAUGAGACCACAGGUUGCUGCUACUACUAUUAUCAUGACGAUCCCGAGAACAGUGAGGCGGAGGCGGCAGUUGAAGGUGCAGCAGGCUGUGAAGAAGAUGAGGGGGGAUCGAUGUCGCGCACUUUUGUCUCAGAGAACGUCGAUCGUGAAACUGGUGCUGCCGGCGAUGGCAGCGAAUGCGCACCUGGUCGGAUGCCCCUCCACCUACCGUUCAGCACGGUGGACCUGGACAGUGGUGCAGGUGGUGGUUGCGCGCGCAUGGCCCAUCUGGUAACGGAGUUGCGCACCAAGACCGAUCUCGACUUAUUCCGCGUGCCCGGCGCCUCCGUCAACCCUGCGCCCUCUUCAGCCACCGCCUCCGUAUUUGAUGCGAACGCUCUGGGCGACGAGCUAGCGCGGCACGAGCAGAAGCUACGCGAGUUCGAUGAUUUUUUGGCGGAAUUCACUGCGGCUGUGCCAAAUGUCGGAAUUACCCAUCACUAA